AUGAACGCUUUUGGACAACAGCCAACUAAUCAUCAGCAGUCUGGUCCAAUUCAGCAUCACAGCAGCGCUCAAGAACUUCUGGAUAUGGCCGUGUAUUGCGACAACUUUGGCAUGUACCACCAGCAGAAUCUCCAUCAUCAUUCGCAGAGGCCCUCUGGCCACUCCACCAACUAUGGCAUUGGGGAAUAUCAUCAUGGUUCACCGCCAACUAACCCUUACCUGUGGCUGAAUGGCCCAGCAGGUAUCAACUCAAAUCCCUACCUGCCCGGCACCAAUGGGACUACUACGUCUUACAUCCCAUCGGGGUAUGGGGCAAACCAUCAACGACAGUUUCUGCCACCUCCCACGGGUUUCGGUGGAGCUGAUCUCGGAUGGCUCUCGUCCUUCUCCAGCCAGCAAGAACUUUUCAAAAUGGUCAGGCCGCCUUACUCCUACUCUGCCUUGAUCGCCAUGGCCAUUCAAAACGCCUCGGAUAAGAAACUGACCCUGAGUCAGAUCUACCAGUAUGUUGCUGACAACUUUCCCUUUUACAAGAAGAGCAAGGCGGGCUGGCAGAACUCCAUUCGACACAACCUCUCCUUGAAUGAUUGCUUCAAGAAGGUGGCACGGGACGAGGACGAUCCAGGCAAAGGCAACUACUGGACCCUGGAUCCCAACUGCGAAAAGAUGUUCGACAACGGAAACUUCAGACGGAAGAGGAAGAGACGCGCCGAUGGAAACAGCAGUGGCGGCAACAACUCCGCCAUGCCAGUAGUGAAGUCGGAAGACAACGCGGCUCUGAAGCUUUCCGACACGGCCAGCAUCCUGAGCGCCUCCCCGCCGAGUCUCCAGAAUUCCCCUGGAAGCUCCAGCGACUCCAAGUCCUCUCCGUCACCCUCCAUCGAACACAGCCCAUGUUUCAACAGCUUCGUCUCCAACAUGAACUCAAUCAUGACCGGCGUCGGCAACCACACCGGGAUCAGAGGAAGGGACUUCAACACUACAGGGUUGCUUGGAGAUUUGUCACAGGGCAGCAGAGGAGAGAGCAUGUCUGGACUUGGCUCAUACUCGCCAACUCAAAUUACGCAUCUGAACUCAGAUGGCGGUGCAGCGCUCAACGGCAACAGAAUGAACUAUUACACCGGGGCUGCAUCUGGUGGCCUGAGCAGUCACAUCUCAAACCAUUUCACUGUAAAUAAUUUGAUAUACAGCCGUGAGGGAACUGAAGUUUAG